AUGUGUGUGUGUGAAUUUGCUUCAAAAGGGAGGUGCCCACCAUUCAUUUAUUAUUAUUAUUAUUAUUUCACUUUCCACGUUUUGUACACAUGUGGCACAAUGCAUACCCUUUUCUUUUCUUUUCUUUUUUUCUUUAUUAUUUUUUCUUCCCUUUUGUUUUUUUUAUCAGUACACUCGUGUCGUUUUUUUUUUCUUUUUUUCUGCUGCUGCGGACGGUGUGUGCGUGAGGCUUGUACUGUGCCUGUUGCUGGGUGUCACUGUGCGUGUACUUUUGCACUUGCUGUCAUCACUGGCCGGCGUGCCUGCUCCGCGAUUGAUUUUGCACGCAGCGUUUUAAGCGGUUGGGGUGGGGAGCGGAUGGACGUGGAGAAGUGGCGCCGAACACUUCAGGGGUUUGUGAGCAGCUCGGCUCUGCAGGUGCGGCCUGCUCCUCUGCAGAAACUCCUGCAGAGCGCCCGCCUGGAGGUCAAUCACCCGCCGCUGCCGAUGGAGGAUUGGAUGAAGUUGUACCAAAACAUGGAGAGUCGUUUUAGUACCAUGCAGGCGGGGCUUUCUCUGCAAACUCAACGACUGCACUCUGAGUGGAGCGGGUUGCAGGAGCCCGCCCCGGGGACGGCGGUGGACGAUCAUGCAGACAACGCGGCAACCGUCCUGGCCGCCUCUAUUGAACGCCUGCGUGGCGUUCUACUGAAUGCAUGCUCUUCUCUGCCCGGCAAUGCAAUGGAAUCGAACGCUGAUGGCUCUGCCUGA